UUGUGGCUUUGCCCCUUGGCAGGCGAGCUGUUCUGUGAAAAUAUUUGCUAAGGAAGAGCAAAAACCCCACCCAGAAAGAAGGGCAGAAAGGAAGAGCAGCUGCUUUCAAAAGAGUUGCACAGGGGUGCAGGCAAAGCCUCUCCUGCAGGAUCCAGGCGGCUGGAAAGGCAGAGACGGCUGUGCUGGAUGGAAGAGUAGGAAGGCAUUGGAAACAGCGUGGUGUUCUGGUCCAGGUUUGGACGGGAUCCUGAGGAAACUUUUCCUCCUCUGCUUUCUCCAGAGGCCUUUCUGUGUACCUUCAUGGCUGGGCACCCUAGGACUCCUGCCCUGGCCAUUUUCAUGGUUGCCUUCCUCUUGCCCUGCUCAGUCUCUGGCUGCCCAGAGGUCUGCACUUGCUUUGACGGGGAGGUCAACUGCAUGGAACACCGGCUGCGCUUUGUGCCGGACAACCUGCCACCCAAUGCCACCACCAUUCUGCUGGACUACAACCGUAUUAGCGCCCUUCGGAACCGGACCUUCGUGGCCCAGAAUGCCUUGCACCGCCUAAGCCUCCGCAGCAACCAGUUGGUGAGCAUCCAUCGCCAAGCCCUGGCCGGUCUAAGCCAGCUGCAGGAACUGGACUUGAGUGGGAACUACCUGAGCCUUCUGUUGCCGGAGACUUUCCUGCCGGUGCCCAGCCUGAGGACGCUCGACCUGGGCAACAACCGGCUUCUGAGGCUGGAGGCAGAGCUGGUGGGUGCCGUGCCUCGGCUCCAGAGCCUCUCACUGCAGGGGAAUGCUUUGACCUCCAUCGAGCCGAGCUUCUUUGAGAACCUGCCCCUUCUCUACUCCCUGAAACUCGGCGAAAACCCCUGGGCCUGCUCCUGUGCCAUCCAGCCCCUCUUCCAGUGGCUCACGGACAACACCGACAAGGUCCCAGAAGUGAAUGCUGUCUCCUGCAAGCGCCCGACGUACCUUUCCCAAAGGCCCAUCGUCGCCCUUGGGAAUGUCUCCUUUGCCCGCUGCCAGGAGCCCUGGCUGAACUCCAAGGACUACGCCUUCUUCCUUCUCAUCGGCCCCUCCACCUUCCUCACCAGCAUCUGUGCCUGUGUCUUGGCUGGCUCACUGGCUGUCGCCCGCCGGAGGAUGAUGACAAUGAUGGCAGUGGCACACAGGAGGCCAGGAACCCUGGCCAGGCGGGCAGAGCACCACCGACACUGAGGCCGCUGCAGGAAGACCCUGCCUUUCUGUCCAUCCUGGACGGUGGGCCAGGAUGCCUCUUGGCUGUUGUUUUGCUGGAAGAGCCAAUGGAAGAAGGACUCACAAAGAGGAUCAGCUAUUCAGUUUUC